UGGAGCGUCGUGAUGUCUGGCCGUGGGAAGCAGGGAGGCAAAGUUCGGGCUAAGGCUAAGUCUCGCUCUUCUCGUGCUGGGCUGCAAUUCCCCGUGGGUCGUGUGCAUCGGCUCUUGCGCAAAGGGAACUAUGCGGAGCGAGUGGGUGCCGGCGCUCCCGUUUACAUGGCGGCGGUGCUGGAGUAUCUGACUGCUGAAAUCUUGGAGCUGGCUGGUAACGCGGCCCGGGACAACAAGAAAACCCGCAUCAUCCCCCGCCACUUGCAGUUGGCCAUCCGCAACGACGAGGAGCUGAACAAACUGCUGGGCAAAGUCACCAUCGCCCAGGGUGGGGUCCUGCCCAACAUCCAGGCGGUGCUGCUGCCCAAGAAAACCGAGAGCCACAAAGCCAAGGGCAAGUGAGCAGGCUACUGCUCCUGCCUUCCAGGCGAGGGAGCUCCCUGCCCCUCAGAGCAUGUCAACCCCAAAGGCUCUUUUCAGAGCCACUCACAAUGUCAAGCUAAGAGUUGUUAAUCCCUUUUGUAUUACUUUUGGAUUGUUGCUUUUUUGGGGGGGUGUUGCGAAGGGAACAUAAACAG